AACAGCCCAUGGGGUAGCGUGGCUGCGGUUCUCUGCAGUGAAUGUGUCACUUGUUGGGGUUUAUUGUGUCCUUGCUGCGCUCCUUUACCAGCUGUUGUGGCAGCGAGGCCUUAUUUCUAACCGCGGGCUGUCACACAUCUGCGACAUUAGCGGACAUUUAACGUGUCCAUCAUUAACAGAGGCCAGUGGCUGCGCGUUAUUCCUUGUAAAUGUCCAAUGUUAGGAUAAGAAAUGGAAACAGUGCGUCCAGGCUCCAAAUCGGUGUUGACUAAAUACAUGGCGUCUAAAUUUAGCACUGGGCAAUGUGAGAAUGGUUUAUGUGCCAUUUGUCUGGCCACUAUGUGCAGUUUAUUAUUAGACUAAAUGUAUCUCAGUGUAAUAAUAAUAAUGAUGAUAAUUAAUAUCUGCAGUGUUGCAGCGUCGCAGGCCGUUUGCGUAAAGGAGCCAGCAAAGCAGACGUGAGGUGAAAGACAGGACUGUGGAAAAUGUGUCACUGGCAUGCUCAUUGUUUAUAACAAUGCAUCAUAUAAGAUGUGCAGUGGUGCUGUCUGAAAUGUGUAGGCAUAUAAAGUAGUGCAGAUGGAUAUACUCGAGUAAGUACCUUAAGAUUGUACUUAACUUCAGUACUUCAGUACUUGAGUAUUUAGUUACUUUCCACCCCCUGGGUUUUGCUCUUUUUUGUCACAGUUCAUUAGACAUAUAACUGAGUUAACUGAGAAUGUGUGUGUGUGUGUGUGUCCACAUGGUCUGUUGUUGUUCAACCUGUCUCCUGACUGAUGAGCUCAAGUUCCAUAAUAUUGUUAAAAAUGAUUUGGUCACAUUCUAAAAUAAAAGCUGCAUAACAUAAAUGGCUCUUUACUGAGUUCUUGUGGUCAGACUGCAGUUUAAUUAGGAAUCUUCUCCCAUACUCUCAGGCCAUCCUGCAGCAGUUCUAACUUAGCUGAUGCACCACAGGAGGUUGUUAUUUAAUUUUGGAGUGUCCAUAUUGAGGCUUGCAUCUUGAUCCAUUGCCCAAGUUAAAAAGAGAAAAAAACACACACUAAUCCCGGUCAAAUUAAAGUAGCGCUCGUGUCUUUUGGCUAUUCGUUUCCGUUUAUCCCUCUUUUCGGCUGAAAAGGGAUUUGAAACUUGAUUAAGAUUAUUAUGGAGCCUUUGCUGGUGGAUUUUAAGAAAAGCCAUCUGUUUUGCAUUCCUAAUGUUGUAUAGAGCAAGGGUGAAAGCUUCACAUGAACUGGCUAAAUAGCUAUUUUUAUUAUGUAUAUAAUAAUUACAUUAUUAUUUCAUGAAGGUAUGAUUAUUUCCAGCCUGUUUUAUUAGACUGCAUUUGGUUUAGCUAGGUAAUAAAGCGCACAUGUAUUAUGGUGACAGAGUAUUUGCACAGCCUGUUUACCUAAAGUAGGAUUCAACCCCUCAGACCUGUUGUUUCCCGCCCAUUGCUGAAAACUCAGCCCAACCCCUCGCUGUUUUACUUGGUUUCAUAAUACUGCCUUUUCUGUGUGGGGAGCUUAUUCAAGUAGUCACUGUAGGAGUAGCUGUCCAUGUGAGGAGUCUGCCUAAUACAAAGGCGAGAGAGGAUCGUCACGGCCGCUGUCCUGUCUCUACCAGCCAUUCCUGUCAGUUGCCGCCUGUUUGUCGACCGGGAGAGAAGAGACAAGUCAUUCAUUACAGCUUCAGUGGCGUCCGUGGCCUCUGUCAGCUUCCAGCCAGAGCCAGCAUGCAGGAAGAGUCUAAACAAAGAAGAAUGACCAUGGAUUUUUCGCAGCUGCACACAUAUACGCCGCCACAGUGUGCUCCAGAGAACACCGGCUACACCUACUCUCUCAGUUCCAGCUACUCCACAGCAGCGUUAGAGUUUGAGAAGGAGCACCAGAUUGCUCCUGUGUACGAGUCGCCCAGGAUGUCACGGCGGAGCCUGCGUCUGCAGACCACUGCCGGUCACUAUGGCGACGAGAGCCUGGCCGAUCCCUCUCAGAACCACAGCAACAGCAGCAGCUACACCAGCACCAGGAGAGAGACACGGACACUGCGGAGCAAAAAGCAGCAGUCCAACUUACUGUCUCUAUCUCUGAGCCAAGUAGCCACCCCGAGGAAAACCCUCUCCUUCUCAGCUGUUAGUACCCCGAUCAUCAACAGCGGCAGCAUUCAGGAAAGCAACACGGUGUCCGACGCCUCCCUGCACAGCUCCAUCCAGGACCAGUCCCGAAUGAAACGACGCACCAUCACCACAACCACCACCACCACCUCUAUGUCUGUGGGUGGUCACUGGGGGAAGAGCUCCGGCACCGACCACUGCUCAUCAAACGUAAACGGCGACGCCAGCGUUUCAGAGUCGCACGCCUCGCUCGCUAACGGCUACAUCUGCAAAGACUGCUCUUUGCACUCUCAGGAGACGGACUCACUUAUCACACGGUCGUCGCCGUUGUCAUCAUCUCAGUCUGCAGAAGCUUCCACUGACAGCCCUUCCUCCUCGUCUUUAACUUUCACAAGUAUAUACUCCAGAGACAGGAGUCGGAGGAACAAGACAGGUGUCCUGAUGUCUGUGUCUAACACGUGUAUACGCUACAGCAAACGAGUCCUGGCCCCCAUCGUGUCCUUAGUCACCCUGGUCUUCAACAAUGUGCUGUGGCUGGGCUCAAAGGCCAGGAGCUCUCAAGGAAAAGGUGUUCUUGCUUCGUUGUCGGCCUCAAUGAGACGAGCAGUGUCCUCCGGUGUGACCCAACUGUGGCUGUUUAAGCAGAACACUCUCCACAGGAUGAUGGGCUACAGAGCUAAUGGCUAUGAAGGACAAGCUCACACAAGUUUCUGUGGAAGCAUGAAUGUCAAGGAUCUGGUGACUGAGGAUGCAUCACAUCUUAAUCUCAAUGGUUCCCUGUGUGAUGACUGUAAAGGGAAGCAGUAUUCUGAGACACACACCGUCCUCCUCAAACAGUCCUCCAGGCCUCGACGCCUUGUGGGGGCGCUGUGGAGCGUCCUAGCUUAUGCAGGUUACUGCCUCCUGCAGCCGGGAUACUGUGUGGUGAGAGCGGGCAAAGCUUUGGCUUCAGGGGUCGGGACAGUGGCUCAAAAGUCGCUCUCGCUGUUUUGGAUGCUCCUGGCAGCUCCAGAGAAGGCAGGCAGGGGACUCGUGUGGUUUCUUGCAACAGGAUGGUACCAGCUGGUGUCUGUCAUGUGUCUUCUCAACGUCUUCUUUCUGACACGAUGCCUUCCCAAACUUUGGAAGCUCCUGCUGUUCCUACUGCCUCUUCUGCUCCUCCUUGCUUUAUGGUGGUGGGGUCCGUCCACUUCUGCCCUACUUGCCUACCUCCCUGCUAUAAACCUCACCGAGUGGCGACGUGCGUCUCCCUUGACUCUCCUGUCUAACUUGGUGCCAGUUUCUGCUCCAGCUCCCGCCUCUGUUCCCACACCAGAGACCCCCCUGCAGUGGACCCCAGCCACCCCAGUCUCACAGGCACCACCGAUCCUUCCACCCAUGGCAGUCUCCUCUGUGGACCUGGAGCGUCUUGAACGUGUGGAACGCCAGCUUGCUCUGCUGUGGUCGCAAGUCCAGCAGGGGGACCAGAAGCAGGAGGAGCGUCACGGGGACGUUCUGGGUCUCUACAGCACGCUGAGGGAGCACAUACACACUGAAACCAACAGGGAGAGCCUGGGACUGUGGGUGUCCUCCCUGCUGGAGCAGAGGCUGGGCAUCCUGCGUGGAGAGCUGGAGCAGGAGAACACACACAGGGUGCAGAGUGAAGAGCAGCAGAAACAACAACAAGAGAGUCGGGCAGCGCGGCUGGCUGAUUUAGAAUUGCUGCUCAAAGCUCUGGCUGCACAGACUGAGGAGGUGCAGCAGAAGCAGCAGCAGUUUGAGCACGAGAGGGAGGCAAAGGAGAAAAAGGCUGUCAUUGCUGCAGCUCCCACGGCACCUAUCAGCGUGGGAGUAAACCAGGAGGACCAUGAUGCUCUGCUCGCGGAGGUGCAGAGACUUGAGUUGGAGCUGAGUAAAAUAAGAGGAGACCUGCAGGGUGUUGUGGGAUGCAAGGGCAGGUGUGAGCAGCUGGACAACCUGCGGGAGACGAUCACAGCCCAGGUGUCCUCUCAGGUGCGUAAGGAGUUGCAGGUUCUGUUCUUUGGCAGUGGUGGGUCAGGAGAGGAGCAGGGAGAGGUCCCCGAGUCUCUGAUGUACUGGCUGUCCCAGCGCUACGUGAGCACACCGGACCUGCAGGCCUCACUGGCCGCACUAGAACUGAGCAUCCUGAGAAACGUGUCGCUGCAGCUGGAGCUUAACCGAGCUGAGACCCUGGGCGAAGCGGAGUUUCAAGCCAAGACCAUCGUCAAGACGGUAACUGGGAGUGUCCAGCACACUGUCUCUGCUGAGGGACUGAAAGAAGAGCAAGUGAAGCUGAUUGUCCAGAACGCGUUGAGGCUCUACUCCUAUGAUCGAACAGGCCUGGUGGACUACGCCCUGGAGUCUGGCGGUGGCAGUAUCCUCAGUACCCGCUGCUCUGAGACAUAUGAGACCAAGACGGCCCUCAUGAGUCUGUUUGGCCUGCCACUCUGGUACUUCUCCCAGUCCCCACGUGUUGUCAUCCAGCCUGAUGUGUACCCAGGUAACUGCUGGGCAUUUAAAGGCUCUCAGGGCUAUCUGGUGAUCCGACUGUCCCUGAGGGUCCUGCCCACGUCCUUCUGCCUCGAGCACAUCCCCAAGGCCUUGUCUCCAACUGGAAAUAUCACCAGCGCCCCUCGCAACUUCACUGUCUACGGUCUAGAUGAUGAGUACCAAGAGGAAGGGAAGCUGCUGGGACACUACACAUACCAGGAGGAUGGGGAGUCACUGCAAACGUUCCCUGUCAUGGAGCAGAACGACAAAGCCUUCCAGAUCAUCGAGGUGCGGGUGCUGUCUAACUGGGGUCACCCAGACUACACCUGCCUGUACCGCUUCAGAGUCCACGGAGAACCUCGGUCUCAGUGAACCAACCACUACCGUACACGCUCAUCAUAUAUGACAUAUCACCCGAUCUGUACAUAGCUCUUGCCGACUUCUUAGAAAUGGAGGGGACUUGGUCGCACUUUGUGGACGUUUUUUGUAUGAAAGCCAUGAAAACACAAAGGUUGUGGGUUGAUAAAGGAAUGUGCCCGGACGGAAUCACGAACAUGUUUUUUGAUACUGAAAGAAUCACUGGAAAGUCUAUGUGUGGAUUGUUUAUGUCGCAGAAGAGGAAUAGAACCAUGGAAGAAGCUAAAAGUUCCAGUCCCCUUUUUGUAAAAGGUUUGUUGCACUGAAUUAGCCUGCGAGGGCGCCAAGCUCCACUGAGCAGGCAAAUCCAUCCCCCCGCUUGGCACCUUCCACUUCUACAGGAGGGUGGAUGCCUAAAAUGGGGGAGUCGACUCAUCUCCGCUGUUUCUUCACACACUGCAUCUCUGUCUGGUUUGGUUUCUGUUGUUAAUUACCUUUAUUUAACUUUAUUGUCCUGGUAGAGUCAGGAUGCACCUUUUUCUGUGGCGCUGUCCAGGCACGUUACUCCCUUUGUCGCUGUCAGGUCUCAGCAGUGGCUUUAACUGAGCGGCGUGGACGGCCUGCUGGACUGCACCACACUCACUGUGGGUUUAUACUGGACACGCUAGGUUCACAACAUUCAAGUUUGGCAUCACACAUCCACAUAGCCAUAAGUAAAAUUUCCUCUUCCUUGAACUGAACAUGCUGCCUAUGGACAAGCUCUGAAUGUUUUCUCAAGUACAGGCUUGAUGCAAGUCGUCCUUUAACUAAACAGAAACACUAUAUUUGACCUCUGACCUGCGCUCUGUGUUUGGAAUAUUAAGAGGCUCUACACUAAGUACAUUUGUCAGAAUAUGUGUAUGGUGAUGGAUGGACUGCAGGAUUGAUGCUAGCAUGUGACUCUCUCAGAACGAUACUGUUAAACUUUUACAUGCAUCAUGGAUUUACAUUAUAGAGUGUGUCCUCUCCCAAAGUUUGAGUCUUGUGCCUGGACCUCAAAUUACAAAUCAAUGUUGAAACCUAAAUAAUGUAACUUCUCCUGUUUGACAAGUGUGAUUUUUCUUUUCCGUUUCUAUCCAGAGGAGACUCUGUCCCUCGAGCUCAGUUCUAAACGUCCUCCUCACACGGGCUCCCUCUAUUCUGAAACCCUGAAGGAAUGUAAUCUGUAUAUUUUACUGUUGAUAGUUGGUCCUUUAUAUCUGCUUUUAUCAGUGUUGCUUUAUAAGAAAUCAUCCUGUCAUCAUUAUUGUAUUACUAUUAUUUCUACUGUUACUCAUUGUGUUUUUUGUUGUUUUUUUUUUUGGGGGGGGGUAGUGUCAGAGAAUGCACUGCAAUAACCUGUUAGAGAAAUGUUUGGCAAGGUCUUCACGAUUUGUUUUUUUUUUUUAAAUGAGGGUUUGUGUAGUCACCACUUUUGGUCACAAAUAUGGGGAAGUCUAAAAUCUUAUGUAUAAAAAUGUUUUCUUCACAAUUUUAUUUAUUAACAAGUCAAUUAGUUCCUGCAAUAUAUGAUUUACUGCUAUGUAUAUUUUGUGCAAAGCUAUUCAGUGCAUUUUUGAACCAUCAUGGGACUUUAUUUUCUUUUUUUUAAAGAUAAAUGGCUAUUUUUGUUCAGUCAUGAGAUGACUUAACUGCUUUGGAAUAUAUUCCAAUAAAGACUUUAAUUUUGAA